ACCGUCCGUUUCAGAUCCCUUUUCACUACUUCGUUCUGCUUUCACGCUCUCUUGCUGGCUCUGGCUUCAAGAUUUACUCCUUUGAUUUCACCGUCUCCGAACCGUCUUUGAUGAUUUACUGCUUCCACGUUUGCUGCCUGCAUAGUUUCAGAGCUUUUGCCUGUUUCUCAUAAUGAACUUUUACUUGUUAAACUCGUGUGUAUUUGGGUUCAAAUUCAUUGUAAUCUUUUAGAUUCUCAAAGGACAUGUGCUGGUCCUCUGAUCCCCUGAUACAUACUCUCGCUGCCCAUCUUUAUUUGCGAAAUUUACUAACCUAGCGUAAUUUCCCCUUUAUAUGCCGUUUUCGUUAUAAGGUGCUUCAAUUCUGGGCGUCCAUAGAUACUACUCUGUUAUUUUGUCCCUGUUUUGCUUUUCUGGUCCCUAAGCUUUUGUUGAAUAUCAGAUUUCGUAUUCUCUGUUAUCUCUUCUGCAUGCCUGUACAAGUUACUCAUCUAUUGUUAUUUGAAUAUUAACAUAAAUAGAAAUGACUCGUAAACUUAUCACGGAAGGUUUUAAUCUGAGAAGUUGCAUAUUUAUAUGAUACAUUUUUCAAAUAUGAAUCUGAAUAAAUCUUCCUCGACUCCCAACAUAUUUGAAUUGUUUCUUUUACAGCAAUGGUGAAUCCGGCUGCAGCAGCGGUGGUGCUGGGUCUGCUAGGGUUGACUUACAAGGCCCUAAGGCCUCCUCGUCCUAAAUUCUGCGGGUCGCCGGGAGGUCCUCAGAUCACGUCGCCGAGGGUGAAACUCAGUGACGGCAGACAUUUGGCCUAUAGGGAGUUUGGAGUUCCCAAGGAAGAGGCUAGGUACAAGAUCAUUGCGGUCCACGGAUUUGCCUCUUCCAAAGAUUUGAACUUGCCUGUGUCCCAAGAACUCAUAGAUGAACUUGGCAUAUAUUUUCUGUUCUUCGAUCGAGCAGGAUAUGGAGAAAGCGAUCCGGACCCAUCACGUACAGUGAAGAGUGAAACGUAUGAUAUUCAAGAGCUAGCUGAUAAACUGCAACUCGGGGCUAAAUUUUAUGUCCUGGGCGUCUCAAUGGGAAGCUACCCUAUUUGGGGUUGCCUCAGAUACAUUCCUCAUAGAUUGUCAGGAGCAUCCCUGGUGGUUCCAUUUGUAAGCUACUGGUGGUCUUGUUUUCCUCGGGAUUUACUGAGACAAGCCUUCAAGAGGUUACCUCCUAGAGACCGAUGGACUUUCAGAGUGGCUCAUUACGCCCCUUGGUUGUUAUAUUGGUGGAUGUCCCAAAAAUGGUUCCCUUCACUGAGUUUCCUCACAGGGAAUAUGUCAGUCUUCAGUCCUGACGAUCUGGACUGCUUGAACAGCUUGUCACAGCAGCCUGGUGUUGGUGAGGAGAAGAUAACACAACAGGGAGAGUAUGAAUCUUUGCACAGAGACUUGAUUGCUGGACUGGGGAGGUGGGAAUUCAGUCCCAUAGAAAUCAGGAAUCCAUUCCCAGAAAAAGAAGGUACAGUGCACAUAUGGCAAGGGUAUGAAGAUAGGGUCAUUCCCUACACAGUGAACCGAUACAUAUCGCAGAAACUUCCAUGGAUUCAUUAUCACGAGAUUCCCGCAGCAGGCCAUUUUCUAAUCUUUAGGAACAUUCAUUGCGAUGCUGUGGUAAGAGAUCUUUUGCUAUCCUGACUUCCUCCUCCUAAAUAUAUGCACGCAAGCAGAUGCAUUAAACAGAGCUCAGGAGAAAAGUUAUCAGAUAUGUAAUUCAAUAACAUGCUGUAGUGAUCAGACAUUUAUGAGAUUGAUGCUCUAAUCAUCGCUGGCCUUUGAGAUUUGGGAUACUAGGAGGAUGUUGAACACGUGGUUCUUCUGUCAUUCUUCAGUAACAGUUGAAUAAUGCUUUGCAUGUGAGUUGCAGAUAUUUUGAGGAAGAUGAGUACACAACUUUUUCUGUUCCAUUCA